CGAAUUUCUUUUGUUUUUCCGAUGAGUAGCCACUCGCCGCGAUCUCUAUCAGACGGUACUUGGGCAGUAUUCUCCCCCUUGACCCCCUCCCCUUCCCUUUUUCUAACGUCUUAAUGAUGGCGGAGGACAGCGAAUCCGCCGCCAGUCAGCAGAGCUUGGAGCUGGACGACCAGGAUACUUGCGGGAUAGACGGGGACAACGAGGAGGAGAACGAGAACGCGCAAGGGAGUCCUGGCGGGGAUUUGGGGGCCAAGAGAAAGAAGAAGAAGCAGAAGAGGAAGAAAGAAAAGCCAAGCUCUGGAGGAGCCAAAUCAGACUCUGCCUCUGACUCUCAGGAGAUCAAGAAUCCUGGCUUGCCGAUCCAGAAGCUGCAGGACAUCCAAAGAGCUAUGGAGCUGCUGUCCUGUCAAGGCCCAGCUAAGAGCAUUGAUGAGGCAGCCAAGCACAAAUAUCAGUUCUGGGACACACAGCCGGUGCCCAAGUUAAAUGAGGUGGUGACGAGUCACGGCCCGAUCGAAGCUGAGAAAGAAAAUAUCCGACAGGAGCCUUAUUCCUUACCUCAAGGCUUCAUGUGGGACACUCUAGAUCUCAGCAAUUCGGAUGUACUGAAGGAACUGUACACGUUGUUAAACGAGAACUAUGUGGAGGAUGACGAUAACAUGUUCAGAUUUGAUUAUUCGCCAAGCUUCCUCAAAUGGGCUUUACGUCCGCCUGGUUGGUUACCUCAGUGGCACUGCGGAGUGAGAGUCUCCUCAAACAAGAAGCUCGUCGGCUUCAUCAGUGCCAUUCCUGCAGACAUCCGUGUUUAUGACACGUUGAAGAGGAUGGUGGAAAUCAACUUCCUCUGUGUCCACAAGAAGCUGCGUUCAAAGCGUGUGGCGCCGGUGCUCAUCAGAGAGAUCACGCGGCGGGUCAACCUGGAAGGAAUAUUUCAGGCGGUUUACACAGCAGGCGUCGUGCUGCCUAAACCAGUUUCCACAUGCAGGUAUUGGCAUCGUUCUCUAAAUCCCAGAAAGCUUGUGGAAGUUAAGUUCUCUCACCUGAGCAGAAACAUGACGCUGCAAAGAACCAUGAAACUCUACAGACUACCAGAUAGCACCAAGACAGCAGGGCUACGGCCGAUGGAGCGGCGCGACAUCCGGCAGGUGACCGAACUGCUGCAGAGGUUCUUGAGACGCUUCCAGCUAGCGCCGUCCAUGAGCGACGAGGAGGUGGCUCACUGGCUCCUUCCUCAGGAAAACAUCAUAGACACAUAUGUCAUCGAGGGUGCUGGUGGCGUCUUGACCGACUUUGCUAGUUUCUACACUCUACCCUCCACGGUGAUGCAUCACCCCCUGCAUCGGAGCUUGAAGGCUGCAUAUUCCUUUUACAAUGUUCACACACAAACGCCGCUACUGGACUUAAUGAAUGACGCCCUGAUCCUUGCCAAACUGAAAGGCUUUGAUGUGUUCAAUGCCUUGGAUCUAAUGGAGAAUAAAGUUUUUCUGGAAAAGCUCAAGUUUGGUAUAGGAGAUGGAAAUCUGCAGUAUUACCUCUACAACUGGAAAUGUCCCUCUAUGGACGCUGAUAAGGUUGGCCUGGUCCUUCAGUAGCCCCCGUGCCUUGAAGGCUGCUACAGACACAUAUACACACACACACACACAAACACACUGAUACACGAUGAGGACACAAGGUCUGGCAAUUACGUACCUGCACACACAAGGUCGCCCAUGCCAGACUACGGUGAGAAAAACAACCUUUAUUCUGGGAAGAUGUUUAUUUUUUUUUCCACCACUGGCGCUUUUUUUCCAGCUCACUUGCAGGUAAAAAUCAAUUACCGUAAAAAAAAAAAAAAAAAAAAAUCCUCAACAAUUUGAAUGUGAACGUCAUGUUAUGCCUGAUACGUACGCUCACGUUUGAAACAAACCAGUUUGGCAUGCACAGAUAUCACUGGCAUGCCGUUGUCGUCAUAAACAGUAUGGAAAUCCGACAACUUCAUUAGUUGGCAACUCCUCUCUCUUUUUUUUUUUUUUGGAAGUUAAGUUGUCCCUCGCUACUACUGCAUCUCACCAAUAGAGGGCUGUUCAUGCAAUAUAUAUCAUUCCACUGCUGGGUACUUCAAUUUAUUUUGUUCUCGGUACAUACAGACUUGUACACUGUCACACGGUCAUAAAACCAACUGGUGCAUUGACUUUUUUUUUUUUUUCUCAAUAUGAAACAUUGAGUUACAUGUACAGCAUGAAGCCAUGUACUCAGUUUAGGACUUUUUUUUUUUUUUUUUUUUAAUGAAGAAUGUAUUACAUCAAUGAAGCACAAUUUUUCAGUUUCAAAAAGGUCCUCAAGGUGGCCGAUGUUUGGAAAAAAAAAUGCUGUGGUACUUCUCAGUGUGAAAGUGAGCUGCUACCAUGUUACAAUAUGUAGUAAAUAGCCUUUAAAGCCAUGGGUAUUUUUGGGGUUGAAAAUUUUCCAUGUCCCACUGUUCAUUGUUUCUGUACUUUUUGCAUAACUUGUUUUGCUGAGUGGUCAUGAUCACGACGGGUGUUUGAUUCAUGAAUAAACCAUUACAUUUCCU